AUGUCCCCAGACAAGAUGCAGAGCAGGAAGAAGAAGACGAAAUGGCAGCUUCUCAGCAGUUGCAGAUUCAAGAGUUGUGUGGAUGCCUUUAAAGUUAUUUACUUAACACCCAGAUGUGAGUUUGUGAUAAAAAUCCCCAGAGGAGACACAGAGCUGGAGGAAGAAGAGGAGGAAAUGGCAGCUUCUCAGGGACGGCUGACAUUCCAGGAUGUGACCAUAGACUUCACUCAAGAGGAGUGGGAAUGCCUGGACCUUGGUCAGUGGGAAUUGUACAGGGAUGUGAUGUUAGAGACCUACGGGAACCUGGCCUCCUUGGGUCUUGUGGUCUCUAAGCCGGACCUGGUCACCUUUCUGGAGCAAAUGAAGACUCCCUGGGAUGUAAGGAGAAUGGACACAACAGCCAGAUACCCAGGGACAGUUGACAUUCCGGGAUGUGGCCAUAGACUUCACUCAAGAGGAGUGGGAAUGCCUGGGCCUCGGUCAGCGGGCAUUUACACAGACGUGAUGUUAGGGAACUAUGGGAACCUGGCCUCCUUGGGACUUGUAGUCUCUGGGCUGAAUCUGGUCACCUUUCUGGAGCAACUGAACAAUCCCAGGAGUAUAAGGAGAGUGGAGACAGCAGCCAUAUACCAGCUGACUCGACAUCAGCGAAUUCAUACUGUGGAGAGAUCUUAA